AGUCUGCGGGCGCUGCGGAGCGAGCGCGGCCAUGGCGGCGGCCCCGGCGGAGGCGGAGACCCGGCAGCGGCUGCUGCGCACCGUGAAGAAGGAGGUGAAGCAGAUCAUGGAGGAGGCUGUGACGAGGAAGUUUGUGCAUGAGGACAGCAGCCACAUCAUCUCCUUUUGUGCUGCCGUGGAGUGCUGUGUGCUGUUCGGGCUGAAGCGGAGGGCGGCCGGGUUCCUGCGCAGCAACAAGAUCGCGGCGCUCUUCAUGAAGGUGGGCAAGAGCUUCCCCCUGGCAGAGGAGCUCUGCAGGAAGGUGCAGGACCUGGAGCAGCUCAUUGAGAACGCGAGAAACCAAGCCCAGGGGGCCCCGGAGAACGUGCGCAAGGUGCCGAAGCUGCCCAACCUGUCUCCUCAGGCCAUCAAGCACCUCUGGAUCCGCACAGCCCUCUUCGAAAAGGUCCUGGAUAAAAUCGUGCACUACCUGGUGGAGAACAGCAGUAAGUACUAUGAGAAGGAAGCUCUCCUGAUGGAUCCUGUGGAUGGGCCAAUUCUAGCAUCUUUAUUGGUGGGGCCCUGUGCACUGGAAUACACCAAGAUGAAGACUGCUGACCACUUCUGGACAGACCCCUCUGCAGAUGAGCUGGUCCAGAGGCACAGGAUCCACAGCUCCCACUGCCGCCAGGACUCGCCCACCAAGCGCCCGGCGCUCUGCAUUCAGAAAAGACAUUCCAGUGGCAGCAUGGAUGACAGGCCAUCCCUGUCUGCCAGGGACUACGUGGAGUCCCUGCACCAGAAUUCCCGAGCCACGCUCCUGUACGGCAAGAACAACGUCCUGGUGCAGCCGCGAGAUGACAUGGAGGCAAUCCCAGGAUAUCUGUCCCUUCACCAGACUGCUGACAUCAUGGCACUGAAGUGGACCCCCAACCAGCUGAUGAACGGCUCCGUGGGGGACCUGGACUACGAGAAGAGCCUAAGCUCUAAAAAUUCCCAGUGUCAAGACGUGACCAAGGAAGAGAGGAGGCAGAUGGCACACGUGUACUGGGACUAUGCCAUGACCAUUCGCCUGGAGGAGAUCGUGUAUCUGCACUGCCACCAGCAGGUAGACAGCGGUGGCACAGUUGUCCUGGUGAGCCAGGAUGGCAUCCAGAGGCCACCUCUGCGCUUCCCCCGUGGAGGACACUUGCUGCAGUUCCUGUCCUGCCUGGAGAAUGGCCUCCUGCCCCACGGGCAGCUGGAUCCACCCCUCUGGUCACAGCGGGGAAAGGGAAAGGUGUUCCCCAAACUGAAGAAGCGAAGCCCCCAGGGCUCCUCCGAGUCCGCGUCCGACAAGGAAGAUGACGAAGCCACGGAUUAUGUCUUCAGGAUCAUCUACCCCGGGACACAGACAGAGUUUGUUGCCAUUAAUGGUGCUUUUCACCCACUCCUUGCACCUGUGACUGCUGGGAGAGGGAAGAUAAUGAAGAUUCCAGCUGGAAGCAAGAUGGUGGUGAUCCCCAAAUGGUGUCUGAGUCUCCCUGGCAGAUCCCGAGCUCUCCGUGCUGCUCUGGGCACCUCUUGGCAUCAGUUGCCCCAGGACCUGAUGGAUGCUCCGGGGGCUGUCCUGCCCCCCAUGUGGCAGCCCAGCACCCGCAAAUCCUCCUGCUCCUCCUGCUCCCAGAGCGGCUCCUCCGACGGGGGCCCGGCCAACGGCUGCAGCCACGAGAGAGCUCCCCUGAAGCUGUUGUGUGACAACAUGAAGUACCAGAUCCUGUCCCGGGCCUUCUAUGGAUGGUUGGCCUACUGCAGACACCUGUCCACGGUGAGGACCCACCUGUCGGCGCUGGUGAACCACAGCAUCGUGUCCCCCGACGUCCCCUGCAGCGCCAGCGCGGGGCUCACCGUGGACAUCUGGCACAGAUACCUGCAGGACAGCUCGAGCUACGAGGACCAGGAGCUGCUGCGGCUGAUCUACUACGGCGGGAUCCAGCACGAGAUCAGGAAGGCUGUGUGGCCCUUCCUGCUGGGCCAUUACCAGUUUGGGAUGACAGAAGCAGAGAGGAAGGAGGCUGACGAGCAGACCCGGGCGUGCUACGAGCACACCAUGGCAGAGUGGCUGGGCUGCGAGGCCAUCGUCCGGCAGCGCGAGAAGGAGUCCCACGCCGCAGCCCUGGCCAAGUGCUCCUCGGGGGCCAGUCUGGACUCCCACAUCCAGAGGAUGAUGCACAGGGACUCGACCAUCAGCAACGAGUCCUCGCAGAGCUGCAGCUCCGGCCGGCAGAACCACGCCCGGCUGCAGAGCGACUCCAGCUCCAGCACCCAGGUGUUUGAAUCUGUGGAUGAGGUGGAACAGACUGAAGUAGAUUCUCAGCUGGAAGAUGGCAAACAAAGCAAGAUCCCCAAUGGGACAGUCCCCAACGGCACGUGUUCCCCUGAUUCUGGGCACCCCUCUUCCCAAAACUUCUCCAUCACAUCGGGGUUCUCGGAGCGCAGCUUCAGCAACGAGGACAGUGCCCUGGAAAACACCAAAUCCUCAUCCAGCUCCCAGGGCAAGGCUGCUGGGUCCGACCUGCCAGCCCCACCAGACACGGACAGGGGCCAGGAGGAGAAGCUGCAGGGCCAAGACAGCCUGGAAGGCGAAUUUCCCACUGGUGGAAGCGUGGAUUUUGUCCCCGUGGGUGAGGGCUCGGAGGGGCUCCUGCGUGACAGUGACACUGUGGCCCUGACUGUGGUGGAGAGCUGGGCAGACAGCGAGGCUGAGAAGCAGAGCCUGGUGGAGAGUGAGGACAACCUCUCUGAGGAGCCAGAGAUGGAGAGUCUGUACCCACAACUGGACUCUCUGACUGUGACUGAUCUGACCAGCAGUGAACCAGCUGCUCUCUCCUCCACGGGUGUCACCUACUCUCCAGAGCUGCUGGACAUGUACACAGUGAACCUGCACCGCAUCGAGAAGGAUGUGCAGCGCUGCGACCGCAACUACUGGUACUUCACCCCCGCCAACCUGGAGAAGCUCCGCAACGUCAUGUGCAGCUACAUCUGGCAGCACAUUGAGAUUGGCUACGUGCAGGGCAUGUGUGACCUGCUGGCCCCUCUCCUGGUCAUCCUGGAUGAUGAGGCUCUGGCUUUCAGCUGCUUCACCGAGCUGAUGAAGAGGAUGAACCAGAACUUCCCCCACGGAGGAGCCAUGGACACCCACUUUGCCAACAUGAGGUCGCUGAUCCAGAUUCUGGACUCGGAGCUCUUUGAGCUGAUGCACCAGAAUGGGGAUUACACUCAUUUCUACUUCUGCUACCGAUGGUUUCUCCUGGACUUCAAGAGAGAGCUGGUGUACGAUGAUGUCUUUGCUGUCUGGGAGACCAUCUGGGCUGCUGCUCACGUCUCCUCUGCUCACUACGUGCUCUUCAUAGCCCUGGCCCUGGUGGAGAUGUACCGGGACAUCAUCCUGGAGAACAACAUGGAUUUUACAGACAUCAUCAAGUUUUUCAAUGAAAUGGCCGAGCGCCACAACACCAAGCAGAUCCUGAAGCUGGCUCGGGACCUGGUCUAUAAAGUGCAGACUCUGAUUGAGAACAAAUGAAGGACCUGGGGCAGACGAGGCACCCAAAGAGCCAGGACUCCCCUCCGACGCUUCCUCCCUUCUCCUGUCUCUCCAAGUGCCACACCUGUGGGACUCAGGUGGUGGGACACGUGCUGCUAUGUGAGCUGGGAGUCCCCUGGGCUCAGCACAGGCCCAGGCUCAGACCUUCUGCAGUGACUCAACCAAAGAUCCCUCCAGGUGUGUUCCUGUGCCUGGAGCAGGACCAGGCAGUGGCUUCCUGGCCUCAGAGCAGCUGCCAUGGCCACCAAAACUGCCCAGGCAUUGCCACAUCCCAGGGUGGAGCUCGGGGGCUGGGGGAGCAGAGCUUGGUGGCACAGAGGGAAAGCCGAUUCCUUGGAAAGCUGCUUCCUUGGGCAGCCCUUCCCUGUGGUGUGGGAAGGCAGCCAGCCCUGCGAGCCCAGGCAGCAUCGGGAUGCUGCCAGUGCUCAGCUCCUUACCAACACAACGAGGUUCUGCCAGUAAUGGGGGGGACUUUGAUCACAGAAAUUCCUCUUUUGAUCUUGUCCCUCAAUGCAUUGCUUCCCCUUUGGUAUUUUCUUUUUUUUAGGGCUGUUUUCUCCCUGGGAUUUUACAUUGUUCCUACAAUAUCUGAGCACACGAGAGGUUCGUGUCUGGAUGGAUUUUCAGAACAGCUCCAAAUUCAGCAUUGGGGUUAUUUUUCAAAAUCCAGCCUCUGUAAUGUUCUCUGAACACUGGGAAAUCUGGUCCUGACCUCCUCUGGGAACUCCAGGCUGGAGGUUUUCUUACCUGCCUUACUUUAGCUGCUUGUGGUAGGAGUCUGGUCUCUUGUUGCUCCUCUGAGCGCUUGUGAGGGAAGGGCUCCUCAGAAGGCAAGUCAGAGCUCCUGAUGAUCCUGACUUUCCCUCUGACAGCUUCAGGGCUGGCUGUUGAGUCCCCUAAACCCACUGAGCAUCUCCAGUUAGGUCUUGGUGGGCUUUUCCCACAGGCCUGUGAGAGGAAAUUAGCCCAAGGUCGCUGAGUGGGCUUUGCUUUGGGAAGAUGCCCUUGUGUGGCCAUUUUUCCUGCACAGCCUGGAGCCCACUGCAUGAAGUGCCUCUCCAGCUGCUGUGUCCCACACAGGCUGCCCUGCAGAGGCUUCAGAGUCAUUUUUCAACUCAGGUAAAAACUAUACAGGAAAAGGAGAGGAGUGGAUGGAGGGUCCAGCCCAGCCAGGCAGGGCAAUGCUGGGGGUGCUGGGCUGGAGCUCUCUCUGAGGGUACUUUCUCUCAAGUUUUGCUGCAAACAUUUGUGUUCCUCCCUGGUGCAAUGUGUGCUGUGUGUGUGCUCUCCUCUGGCCCUGCUCCUGCCUUGCUGCUGGAGUGCUCCCACAGGAGGGAAAGGGGCCCUUCCUCCUCCUGUGGAACAUCUGUCUGUGUUGGUUUGUGUUGGCUCGUGGCACAUGUCAGAUGUUGCUGGCAGAAAAAAAGGUGGUUGUCAGUCUGCACCAGAGAAAACUGCUGCUUCAGGGAAGGUCUGAACAGCGUGGUGGAGUGGUUUGCUGUUUCUGAGCAGAUCAGCAAUUUCUGUAUUCUGGGACAUGGAGGUCACAGCUGGAAAAGGCAGUGGCACAUCCUGAACCCUUUGGGGAAGGGGCUGGGGCAGCAGAGCAAUGGGCAGCCCUUCACUCCUCAUAAUCCCAACAGAUGUGUGCAACAAUCUGGGAAAUUCCCUGAAGCAGUAAAACCCCAAAGGGUGCUGGGCUGCAGUAGCACAGGAAACAAAGAGCUGGAGAUCUGCCUGUUCCUGUGAGAAUCUUUCAUCUUUGCACCAAGCAGAGUGAAAAGCUCGUGUCCUCCCUCCUUCCAGGCUGCUCCUGUUCCCUCAGGACUCUAGGACAGAUCUGUCACCUGUCUAGAGGGACAGGGAAGUGUCUGUUCUCCCUUUCCUGAGGGCCAGGGUCACCCUAAACACCACCUGACCAAGCAACAUUGCUGACACUAAACCUUUCAAGCUUCUUUCCUUGGUUUCUAAACAAAAACAGCCAAGAAAUUCUGCACAAUAUUUGCUGUCUGUAUUAACUGAGAGUGUCUUUGGGCCGCUCAAUAGCAGUGUUUUUUUUUGAAUAAUUUCUGGGAGGGGGGGAAAAAAGUAUUUAUUUAUUGAUUGUACCUGACAGUGUGUCCUUGUGUGCUGGCGUGUGAGUGUGCUGUUGUGCAAAUGGAGAUAGAAAUUUUCAAUGUUAUUUACAAUAUCUUGUAAAUGUUUACCAGAGAAUUGUGUCUAUAUAUAAUAUAUAUACAGUAUAGAGAGAAAAUAUCUCAACUAAGUGGGUUAUUUUUUGAGGGGAGGGGGGGUGAGAAAUCUUUUGCUUCUAAGAACUGUGUGGUUUCUAUAGCACCUAUUCCAUGAUGUGCCAAUCUGUCACUGUCCCUGUGCUGGGAGAGUUGUUCUGGUGGGGCAACAGGAAGCUCAGAGCAGAGCCACCAUCACAACCUCAGUUUGGCUUCAUCUUGGUUCUGGCUUUAAGACUGGACAAAAGAGGGGAAAAAAAAGAGGAAAAAAUAUUAUAAAAAUGCUUUGUUUCAGCUGUGUUGCUGAGCAAGUUCUUUUGCUUGUGGAGGCCCACAGUGAGACCCCACCAGGAGCCUGGGGCUCUCUUUGAUGCUUAAAAGCUGCUAAGAAGCUGAAAAGCAAAGGUUUUGCUGUACAGCUGUUUGUGGGCUCUCUCUGGGCUCAGCCUCUCCUGCCUGGCUCUGCCCCCCUGCUGGAUCCCCAUGAGAUAAAGCCUUGUUCUGGAAUUCUGACAGGGGCAGUCGUGGUGCUGGAAGCCAGCAGGGAUCUGUCCCAGCUGUGCAGCCCAGGAUGGCCUGUUUGCCACGCAGGGGAGGCCUGUCACCAGGCUUGUCCAUAUACAGUAAUCUUGUCUGGCCCCUUGGGGAAGAGGAAUGUCUCAUCCCAGCAGCUCUGUGCAGCUGAAAUCCCCCCCACAAUGGCACUGCCAGCCCAGGACUAUUUUAGCCUGUUGUUGGCUCUGUGGGAACAGGGACUGGAGCUCUGUGCCUUAAACUGACAGAGAGCAGGGUUAGACUGGAUUUUAGGGAGAAAUUCUGCACUAUAAGGCACUGGCACACCCUGGAUCCCUGAAAGUGCCCCAGGCCAGGUUGGACAGGGCUUGGAGCAACCUGGAAUAGUGGAAGGUGUCCCUGCCCAUGGCAGGGGGGCGAACUGGGUGAUCUCUAAGUUUCCUUCCAGCCCAAACCAUUCCAUAACUCCACACCUUCUGAGGAGACUGCUGCAAGGGUGGCUUGAGCUGCCAGCCCACGUUCUCUGCCCCAGUCACUCCAAGCUGAGCCUGAGGAAGGAAGGAUGGGCUCCAUGGGCUGAGUUCAGCUCCCAUCACACCCUCACUGAGCACCCACAUUGCUGUGGGGUUUGUGCCGAGCCCAGGUGAUCUCAGUGUGUGUAAAUCCACUGAGUGUUUGUAUCCUGGCCCUGUGUUCCCCUGAGGGAGUGACAAAUGGAUUCUCUUCCUGCAUUUGAGCUUUCUGCUCAUGCAACCUUCCAACAAGCUCCUGGUGCCCAUCUCUUUUGGUGUCACCUGUGCAGACCCUUUAGAAGUUGUGUUUGUUCCUAAAUGUGAGAUUUUCCUGGGAGUUUUUCUCUUGCUGUGUCGAGUCCCUGAAUUGCUUUGCUGUGAAUGUUUUUCAUGAAGACUGAUAGGGUUUUUUUUUUUAUGUGGGAACUUCCUGCUGUGUCCCUGUCCUGCUCUCAUCCAGCCCCUGGCAUGGGGAGCAUCCCUUAACUCAUCCAAAUGCACCUGGUAGUGCAAUGUGAGCCAUCAGUUGAACUGCAGGUGUGAGCCCUUGUCACUGACAGGUGGAGAAAAGGCUGAGAGAUGGAACUCUUGAAGAGGUGGGUCCCAAAAUCCCUGGAGACACAAGCCUUGUGGCCAAGAGCAGUUUAUGGGAUGAAGUUCUUCUUAUUCUUUGUUUUUUUAUUUAUUUAUUUAUUACUUAUUUUGCCUGACUGUUUCCCCUCUCAUUCCUGGAUUUUCCUGAGCUUGGUCCCCUGCCCUGAGAGCCACAGUAGCCAAUGGGUCUCUGACCAUGGAUGGGACCAGUUUUGGGGUUCUCAUCCCCUAAGUCUGCUUUUGAAAUACCUUACAAUAUCUAAAUCCCUUUUAGUUUUGGGAUUCUCAUCCCCUAAGUCUGCUUUUGAAAUACCUUACAAUAUCUAAAUCCCUUUUAGUUUUGGGAUUCUCAUCCCCUAAGUCUGCUUUUGAAAUACCUUACAAUAUUUAAAUCCCUUUUCUCUAGAGGCACGGUGGGAACCACUGAACAUUUGAUCAGUAGGACCAAAAUGAUGGUCAUGUCAUCAAAACCUCUGUCUUAUUUCUCAUUCCAGUUGGGAAUUUCCCUGAGUACUGAGCAGUUCUGGGCUUGUCUUCAGCAUUUUACUGUUGUGUGAGCACAAAUUGAUAGAGCACAAUGUAGAGAUGGACUUCCAGCCCUUCCUAGCACUAUGGAAGGGUUGAACUCACCAGAACCUGUGUCAGAAAUUCCUGUAAAAGCUUUUUCAGAUGCCCUGAAGUAGAUCAAAUGCCACUGAUUGUUCCUGCUUUUCCACUCAAGGUCAGAAUCCUCAUUGCCUUGAAUAAGCAGUAUUUCACUGAUUAAGGCAUCUAAACAAUUUUGGUUCUUAGUGUGACCACAUUUCUGUCCUCUGGUGGCCACGUGGGCCAUGGCUGAGGCCAUUUGGUGCCAUAGCUGCACAUUCACACAGCUCAGUGUGUGGAUUCCUUCCCAACUUUGCCCAAAUCCUGAACUUCCUGGAGAAUGUACAUGAAUAGCCAUGGAAGUCGUUUAAUGUGUCUAAUCUAAUUUCUAAUUUAAUUUUAGAUUGGUGCAUAUUCCACCUUAAAUUCCUGUUCAGUAGUUUAAUAGCUUCCUUUUAUAGAUGGAUUUUGCACAUGGAGGCUGAGCAGAACCCGUGGAUGGUGCUGCAGGGGACAGUCCCUUCUCCACGGUGGCUCCUGAGCCAUCAGCAGUGGGACAUGACUGGGAGCAAGGGCACUUUGCAUCAGUGCUUUGAUGAGGGGGAAAAAGCACCAUUUAUUCUUUUUUUUUUUUUAAUUUAUUUUUUAACAAAUUAACACUAAAGAUUAAACUAUGCACAAGAUCUUAAAUACAUGGAAGUUUUAGGAAUGAGUAUGGCUUUGCUGCUAAGGACGAUAAAGAAUUGAAAAUCCUGAUCCUGGAUACUGAGAGAAUAAAAAUGUCAUUGUUGUGACUGUGUAAGAUUGACUUAAAUUCUCAGAAAUUCAUUCUCUCUGGAGAGUAAUUCCCAGAAGCCAGGGAAGAAAUUGUUUUCCCAAACAGAAUUAAUGAAAAGCUUUGAAAAUGCAACAUGGAUGUAACCUCAGACCCACGAUUGUCACUUCCCUUGUUGAAGGAGUGUUCUGGAGAGCCAGGCAGGGCAGCAGGGUGUGACAGCAAUCGUGGGGGCUCUGUGGGACAGGGAAUUACCCCUCAGCACAGGGAUUUGAAUGUAUCUGGUGUCCUGGCAUUAGACUUUUCUGUUGCCCUACACAGAAUUGCUGCUUUUCUCUGUUGGAUGCCAUUUUGGUCUCUGGGAGUUGCUCGAUCUGAGCUUAAUGAGCACUUACAGCUUUUAAUCUAUUUGUAGAAGUGCUGCUAAUGUUCUUAGAUUAUCUGAAUUCCACACUGUGGUAUAAUAUCUGUUUUAUAUUAUUUUAUUCAUGCUCUUUAUUUUUUUUUUUAAUGUAAACUGUUCCUUAUUGUUGUUGAGAAGGAAAAAAUUAAAGCUCUAUUCUCUAUGGUUAAUGUAUUUUCAAA